GCAGCCAGCCGCUCUAGUGGAUCCAAUGAGAUGACGCCGCGUUCCGGGCCCGACUGCUGAGAACAAGCCGGUGAUAAGGGGAAGUAGAAAAAACGACCACGGCGUGACAACAAAGAGGUUGCAAGUGAAAGGCUAACCCACGAACAAUAACUAGGAAGCCGGCACGGUCCGGCUGAAGGCCCCCGACUUUGUUCAGCGUGUGCCGCCUGACGAGAGGUCAUCAUGGGGAUGAGGAAGCUGCCGCUCUUUGCUCUCUUCUGCCUUGUCGUGGCAAUGCUGCCUUUUCAAACAGUGUCUGUAGCUGUCAUGUCAGUUGACCUGGGCAGUGAGUGGAUGAAAAUGGCAAUAGUAAAACCAGGUGUGCCAAUGGAGAUUGUUCUAAACAAGGAGUCACGAAGGAAAACCCCUUUGGCUGUGUGUUUGAAGGAAACUGAGAGACUUUUUGGAGACAAUGCACUUGGAGUGUCCGUGAAGAACCCCAAAACUGUUUAUAGGCAUCUUCAAAGCCUGCUGGGUAAAAAACAUGAGAACCUCCACGUGUCUCUCUACCAGAAACGCUUCCCGGAGCACCAGCUGCAGAGGGACUCAGUCAGAGGAACUACGUAUUUUAAAAACUCAGAGGAGUUGCAGUACACACCACAGGAGCUCCUUGGGAUGGUCCUCAAUUAUUCUCGUGGUCUGGCUCAGGACUUUGCAGAGCAACCAAUCAAAGACGCAGUGAUCACAGUCCCAGCCUAUUUCAACCAGGCAGAACGCAGAGCAGUCCUGCAGGCUGCACAGAUGGCCGACCUGAAGGUCCUGCAGCUCAUCAAUGACAACACAGCUGUGGCCCUGAACUACGGGGUCUUCAGGAGAAAAGAUAUCAAUAACACAGCUAAGAAUGUGAUGUUUUAUGACAUGGGCUCAGGCAGCACCACAGCCACCAUUGUCACUUAUCAGACAGUCAAAACCAAGGAUUCUGGCACCCAACCCCAGUUACAGAUCCGUGGUGUUGGCUUUGAUCGUGGACUUGGGGGAUUUGAGAUGGACCUGCGUCUCCGGGACCAUCUGGCCAACCUCUUUAAUGCUCAGAAGAAGAGCAAAAAAGAUGUGAGGGAGAACCACAGAGCCAUGGCUAAACUCCUCAAAGAAGCCCAAAGACUCAAGACGGUACUCAGUGCAAAUGUGGACUUCAUGGCCCAGGUGGAAGGUUUGAUGGAUGACAUUGACUUCAAAUCCAAGGUGACCAGGUCUGAGUUUGAGGAGCUGUGUGCUGAUCUCUUUCAAAGAGUUCCUCGGCCUGUGGAGGACGCGCUCGCUGUGGCAGAGAUGAACUUGGAUGAAAUAGAGCAGGUGAUUUUGGUUGGCGGCGCCACUCGUGUCCCCAAAGUUCAGGAAGUGCUUCUCAAAGCUGUGGGCAAAGAGGAGCUGGCAAAGAACAUCAACGCUGACGAGGCAGCAGCCAUGGGCGCCGUCUACCAGGCUGCUGCUCUCAGCAAGGCUUUCAAAGUCAAACCCUUUCUGGUCAGAGAUGCAGCUGUUUUCCCUAUUCAGGUGGAGUUUAAUCGCGAGAUGGAGGAAGAUGGCGUCAAAAGCCUGAAACACAACAAACGUAUCCUCUUCCAGAGGAUGGCGCCCUACCCACAGCGCAAAGUCAUCACAUUCAACCGCUACACUGACGACUUUACUUUCAACAUCAACUACGGAGACCUCAGCUUCCUGAGUCAGGAAGACCUCAGCGUGUUUGGCUCUUUGAACCUGACCACAGUCAAACUGUCUGGUGUGGGCAGCAGUUUCCUGAAACACACAGAUGCUGAGUCAAAGGGCAUCAAAGCCCAUUUCAACAUGGAUGAAAGUGGAGUGCUUCUGCUGGACCGGGUGGAGUCUGUGUUCGAAACAAUUGUGGAGGAGAAGGAAGAGGAAUCAACAUUAACAAAACUUGGAAACACCAUUUCCACCUUGUUCGGAGGAGGAUCAUCAGAACCAGAUCCCAAUGUAACGGAGCCUGUACAGGAUGAGGAGGAAGUGCCUCUAGAGUCAGGGAAAGAUGACAAGGAUGAGGCCCCGAAAGAAGAGGCUGCCAAAGAGAAACAGGAUGAGUCGGAAGAUGGUGAAAAGACUGAAGAGAAAGGCCAGGAACAGACAGAAGAGGCAGGCUCUAAGACCGACACUAAAGAGGACAAGGAUGCAGAGAAAAGUGAAAGCACUGAUGCAGAGAAGGACACAGAGAAGGCAAAACCACAGAAAAGGACAAAGAUCUCUGAAGACAUCACCGUAGAACUGAACAUCAACGACAUCUUUGAUCCCACACCAGAUGACAUUGUUUCCUCAAAGAAGAAGUUACAGGAUUUAACAGACAGGGAUUUGGCCAAACAUGAAAGAGAAAAGGCCCUCAACACCCUGGAGGCAUUUAUCUUUGAGACCCAGGACAAGCUGUACCAGGAUGAUUACCAGGUGGUGGUGUCGGAAGAGGAGAAGGAGGAGAUUGUUGCAAAGCUAAAGGAGGCAUCAGAGUGGAUGGAUGAGGAGGGUUACUCGGCCACCACUAAGCAGCUCAGAGAGAAGCUGUCGCAGCUGAAGGCCCUCUGCAAGGACAUGUUCUUCAGGGUGGAGGAGCGGAGUAAGUGGCCGGAUCGCCUGGCCGCUCUGGAGAGCAUGCUCAACACCUCCAGCUUCUUCCUUAGGAGCGCAAAGCUGAUUCCAGAGGACGACCAGAUCUUCACUGAAGUGGAGCUGAACAUGUUAGAAAAAGUCAUCAACGAGACCUCGACGUGGAAGAAUGAAACAGUAGCGCAGCAGGAGAAACGCUCACCAAAAGAGCGUCCAGUCCUGCUGUCCAAAGACAUCGAGUCCAAGCUGGCGCUGCUGGAUCGGGAAGUCAACUACCUGCUCAACAAAGCCAAGUUUGCCAAGCCCAAGGUUAAACCCAAGGCCAAGAACAGCACAAGCUCUGAGAAGAGCAGCAAGGCCAAUGAAACGGCGGAGGAGAAAGUCAUCCCUCCUGCAGAGGAGAACACAGACGACAAGAGCGAAACAGAGGAGGCGCAACCAGGCAAAGCCCCGCCCACAGAAGAAAGCACUCCACAAACAAAUUCUGACAAUGAAUCACAAACCUCGGAAGAAAAGACAGCUACAGGAGCAAAGGAGGAGACCCACUCAGAAACCCACAGAGGAGAUGAAUUAUAACAACUGGGAUUCGGGGGGGGGAUCACUAUAUUUAUUGACAGUGUAAAAAUGUUCAACUUUAGCAUCAUGUUCUCUUCUCAGUUUUUUUUCUUUUUCUGUUUGAGUUCUUUUGUUGGAACAGCCUGGAGUUUUAAUGGAUGAUGAUCACGUUCAUCACUUGGUCUCCUUCACCUCGUCCCUCUCUAAUGGAUUCUGUGGAGGACGGACACCUCCUGCUCUUUGCAAAAGAACCAGUGAAAUAAAACUGAGUUCUGAUAAUGUGUGCUUUGGCAAAAAUUGAAGUCCAGACAUAAUUCCUGUUCACAACCGAGAUCCCCUCACCAGCAAUUAUACAAGAAAUCUCAGUGCAGUUGUGGUGUCGUUACAGUAGACAUGAGGCCAGAGAGGGCGCUGUCCCUGAUGCUUCUCUCUUCUUCUCACUGUUUGCUCCUCCUGUUUGCUCCUCCUGAGUUUAACAUUUUGUGGUAUCAGAUUAAGUUCACUAUUGUCUUCUUCAGUCUUCUUGGUUUUUUUUUUAAACCCCAAAAUAUUGUUUUUCUUUACGGAGUCCCAACCAAAUAAAAUAAUUUAAUUAACCUGCAGUACUGUGCAAAGUUUCAGAGGGAUGCAUACAUUUAUUUACCAUAAAUUCUCUUUUUGCAGCUUUUUUUUUGCUGUCAAGUAUUUAAACUAAAUAUAGAGAAUCAAAAACUCCUGAGGGCAAAAGCACAUUUCUUUAUUAUCUAAAAAAAAAUACUCAAUACAACAAAUAUUGGACGCUCAGAUACGGGAAAGGGGCCUCAACUGUGACACCUUCAGGGGAGGUGGCUUAAAACCACAUUCAAAUUCAUACUUCAAAUUAUUAAAAAUGAUUCAUUAGUAAACUUAAACCAUUUAAUGUUGUUGGUAAUGAGCUUUUCUCUACAUUUACUUUUAAUACUUAGAAAAUGCAUACUUAAAAGGUCUGCAAAAAGGUGUAAUAAAUGUACUCACUAAGAUCUAAAAUUUUGGCACAACAAUGUAGGUCUAUGUUACAUUAAUUUCAUUAAUCUGAUUUAUGAAAUGUUCUGUUUGACGUCCUCAAACUGCUGUCACAACCAUGACUAACUCUUGAUCUACUGAGCCUGUCAUUCUGGUGUAUUUACCAUGAAAAUAAUUUGUCAAACUUUUAACUCUUACAAAAGCCAUAACAUUAAAAAAAAAAAAAAAAAAAAAGCCCAGCCUAGGUCAAGUCUUGUUUUAUUAAAAUAUCACCAACAAAAUCCCUAAAUUUCAUACUUCUAAUCUCAUGGACGGUUGUGGCAUCAAAUACUUCCCUGUAACAUGUGGGUGAGGUGCUCGUCUCCUACAGAGAUUGGUGGGAUUUUACAGUUUUGUUUUUUUAACAUUGUCGACACAGUGUUGUGGAUAUUAAUUAUGGUUGGUUUAUUUGGGUCUGGAGCAUAAACAGUGGCUGUGAAUGUGAGAUUUACAUUCAGUGGGUUAAGUGUCACAGAAACAUUGGUUUCUACAGCAGCUGAAGUCCUGUGGUACAUGUACGCAGCAUGAACGCACACGCACAAGGUCCAACUGUCCAGUUUAGACCAGGACUACUGAUGGUGCUCCCUUCAGAGUCCAGAACUGGUUGUAUAGAAUCGUAAUAGCAGGAGUUGCCGAUGUAAAUUUGAACCGCUUCUUCUCAUCUGUUGUAAGCUGUCGUUCUUUUGGUCCAUGUGCAACCAACAUGGUUUUUCUACUGAUCCCAGUUCAGCCUUUAAGGACGUUUUCAGUGACUGUAAUGAAACUGUAAUGAAAAUGUUGAGAGCUACUAAGCAUCACAUGUGUUUACUGAGAGAUGUUCUUCAACAGCUCUGUUGAUCAAGCUCUAGCCCAGUAGAUAGCACGCGCUGUUUGAAUGAGGUGUAAAGGCAACCUGGAUGAUUUGAAUUUUUGUUUAUUAUUUCGGGAAACCUCUAUCAAAGAACGCCAGAAAUAGAACACAAACAAUGAUGUUUCUAAACUGUUAAAUAAAAAGAUUUUGUUUUUAAA